AUGGACGUCAAGCAGAUGCAGAUGAUACAAAACAACCAUGCUGAGAGACUUUCCCGGUUGGAGAAACGCCAGGCUGACGACGCCGCAAUCAAGUCCGUUUGGAAUUCGCCCUUUCCUAGCGCGCUGGGCGGCACACCGCAGCAUGGGCCUCUGCAGAUGCCUUCGAACGAAUUGUUCGACGAGUUUGAGGAACAGGGCCAGAGCCUUCUAGGUAGCUUGCACCUCGAUGCUGAGGAUGAGCCCGCUCGGCGCGGCGCGGCCUCGAGGGCGAAUAGUGUCCGCUUCGACGAGAGUGCUUUGCAGAGUUCGAGCUGGGCGCAGAAUGGCCGACAUUCUAGUGACUUUGGUCCAAUCAGACCCGGCAGCGGCCUCGGCAUGAUGGAACGCUCCCUGUCCCACAAAUCGGAUGGUAGGCAUAGUUCCGCUGGCCACUCGGUGCAUUCGAUCCACUCCCACCACUCCGUCGCCUCCGGCCGCGGGAGCAGCUUAGGCCUCGACACGACGUUCGCGCCUGGCGGCCAGGGAGAGGGGUCGCCGAUCGGCGUUCCGGAGCCACCGCCGAGCUUGUUCGUGUUGGGCUCAGUACCUUCCAUCAUCCGGUGCUGGCUCACAGCCAGCUUCGCGCACGACACUCUCCUCUAUGCCGACGUCUGCACCGGCUCGCAGAAGUCCAUCAUAGAGUUGUCCCUCGUCAAGGACUUGGAUCUAGCCGGUGAGAUCCACAGAGACCUGGAUGGCGUCCAUCGGAUCCGCUUGCCCGUAUACUUGACGGAGGCGACCAUAUCUCAACCAAGUCCCCCGAGAAUCAACCCAGCGCCUCAGAUGCCCAGCGUAGCAUGUACGUUCGAAGUGGUGGGGAUGGACCAGCCCGACAACGCCGAGGCUAGGAAGACUAUCCGCGUUUUCAUUGGCAGUGAAGUAUUGAGAGAGCAUUCUGCCGACAUCUUGUUCUCGCAAAACCGCAUGACGCUCUAUAGCGGCGAGCGUGAGAAGUUAUCGGUCCCUUUCGUUCGCCCCGAGGACAACACGGUUUUCAAAAAUAUUCGUACCAUGGCUACAUUCCCCGAAAAGCCCAAGCUUAAUGCUACGGCUCGCCCAUUUGUCCUGGGGGAACCCAAGCAACAGGUGCCUGCGGCUGCGCAAUCAGACGGGGCACAGACGAAGGAAUCAUGUGAUGAUGAAGAAACCCGAGAGCUCGCAUCGCCAUCUUCAGAACAAACAAGCCAACAGGCUGCGACGGCCGGAGCCAGCACACUGUCGGAAAGUGGUGGUGAGAGCGAAAGACAUUACCAAGAAGCCGGCCCCUUGGAUCCUACAACGAGAGAGUUCCAACCGCAACAUGAAGGUUCUGAAGCCGACGAAGCCGGGCACAUCGUCCUCGGCGCGAACGGGAGCGGCUUACGAGCCGGCCUCAGCACCGAGAAACAGCAGGUCGAUUACUCGCUGUACCUGGUGACCGACUCGACGCCGGCAAUUCUCGGCGACGCGGAUAUCUGCGAGGUCGUCGAAGCUGCCCUGAAGGGCGGCGUCACCUGCGUACAAUACCGGGACAAGACCAGUGACACCCGCGUGCUCGUCUCGACGGCCCGCAAGCUACACCAAAUCACCAAGAAGUACAACGUCCCACUUCUCGUCAACGACCGUGUCGACGUUGCGCUUGCCGUCGGCUGCGAGGGCGUACAUAUCGGCCAGGAUGACCUCGAUCUGCCUACGGCCAGAAGGCUCCUAGGGCAGGAUGCUAUCAUCGGCAUUACUGUGAGCAACGUCGAUGAGGCGACGAUUGCAUCUCAGGGAGGGGCUGACUAUCUGGGAAUCGGGACUGUCUUCGCCACGGCCACCAAGGAAAAUACGAAGAGCAUUAUCGGGGUCCUCGGCCUCCAAGAGAUCUUGUCCGCAAUCGCUGCAGCAGAGUGGCCGGUGAAGACGGUAUGCAUAGGUGGCAUCAAUGCCUCCAACGUAUCGCGGGUCGUGUGGCAGAGUACGGUUUCGGGGAAAUCUCUCGAUGGCGUCGCGGUUGUGAGCGCCAUCGUGGCGGCCCGGGACCCGGAGGCGGCCUCGAAGGAACUCCUCCGGCUGGUGAAGACGCCGCCGGCGUUCGCGAGGACGGAGGUGACGCGCGGGCAGCAGACGCGACCGCUGCGCGAGAUCAUAGCUCUAGUGCCGGACGUUAUCGCCGCCGUCGAGAGAAAGACGCCGCUCUCUCACAACAUGACUAACCUGGUCGUGCAGAACUUCGCCGCCAACGUGGCCCUGAGCGUUGGCGCGAGCCCGAUAAUGGCUAAUUACGGCAAGGAAGCCAAAGACCUAGCGAAGCUGGGGGGUGCCUUGGUGAUUAAUAUGGGCUCCGUCACGCCGGACGGGCUGGCAAACUACCUCCAAGCGCUGAAAGCGUACAAUGAUGCUGGGCAGCCCGUCGUCUUUGAUCCCGUCGGUGCCGGGGCAACAGCUAUAAGACGAUCGGCUGCCAGGGCCAUCCUCGACGGAGGGUAUAUCGACGUUAUCAAGGGCAACCGGUCAGAAAUCCUGUCUUGCCUGCCCGGGGAAUCCCAGGUCCAACAACGGGGGGUCGACAGCGGACCGAGUAACGCUAGUCUCGAGGAGUUGGGGAGGGCAGCCAGGAGGUUGGCUCGCCUGCGUAGGUGCGUCGUAGUGAUGACGGGGAAGACGGACCUGGUGACGGCGGGAGAGACGGUGUACGCGAUAGACAACGGCCACGAAUAUCUGGGCAUGGUGUCGGGCACGGGGUGCUGCCUCGGCACGACGAUAUCGGCCAUGAUCGCGGCGUACCCAGAGGACAAGCUCGCCGCCACGCUGACUGGCUUGCUGCUCUACACCAUCGCGGCCGAAUACGCAGCCCGGCGGCCUGACGUUCAGGGCCCCGGGACCUUCUCCCCGGCGUUUAUCGACGAGCUCUACAACGUGAGGAAAGGCGCAGUCAAGGAUCAUCAACUAUGGCCGUACAGAGUGGACACUCUGGGGCCGGAGGGAACGGUGUGA